CCGAAUGUACCUUAUAGUCCAUUCAAUAUUGCUUUCUAUCAAGGAUACUUUGAUGUAGACACACAAUCAGUUUUGAAACGAGUUGGAAUGGCUAUGAUACCUAGAUCUGAUUUCUUAUCUGAAGUAUGUGAUGGUAGGGUAGAUUUAUAUGGACCAUUCUGGACACUAUCAACUCUAAUACUAACAUGUUACACAACUUCAACCCUGACAUCAUCAAUCACAUCAUAUCUAUCUUCACCCAAUUCUGACCUUCCUUCCGACCUCCCACUUCUCUCCACAUCUAUAUCAGUCAUAUAUACAUACGGUCUCAUUCUGCCUUCUCUCUUAUGGGCUACCACACGAUGGUUAGGUGUAGCAGAAUGGGGUGUUGUAGAUUGUUUAGGAUUGUAUGGUUAUUCAAUGGGAAUCUUCAUUCCUAUAAGUUUAUUAUGUUUGAUACCUGUCGGUAUACUUCGAUGGGUCUUAGUAGGAGGUGGGGCAAUGGGUUCUGGAUUGUUUUUAGUCAGAAAUAUUUAUCCUAUUUUAGAAUCUGCGGAUAACAAAAUGACAAGAUUAUUAAUCAUUGCAGUGGUCGUCCUACAUGCCGCCAUGGCAUUAGCUAUGAAAGUUCUUUUCUUUUCGUGA